AUGACCUCCCUGAGCAUCACCGGAGACUCCAUCCCCUCGCUCGAGGGAAAAGUCGCUCUAAUUUCUGGAGGCUCCUCCGGCAUCGGCCACGCCGCAGCCCUAAUUCUCCUCUCCAAGGGCGCAACCGUGCAUAUCUUGGACGUCAACCCUCCUCCUCCUCCGGAACCGGACAGGCUAAUCUUUCAUUCUUGCAACAUAACCUCCUGGUCCUCUCUCCUCUCCAUCUUCACAUCCAUUGGAGCAGUCGACUAUGUCUUCGCGAACGCUGGCGUCUCCGAAUCCACGAACUACUUCGCGGACACCUUCGACGCAACAGGUCAACUGGAAGAACCAACCUACGAUGUCCUCGAGGUCAAUCUGCGUGGCGUGCUCAACAUCGUCAAGCUAGCAUGGAGCUCCAUGAAGAAACAUGGCAGAAAGGGAAGUAUCGUGAUUACGUCCAGCGCAACGGCGUACGCGCCUGAGCAGAGCUUACCUGUUUAUGCGGCCGGGAAGAGUGCUCUGAUCGGCCUCAUCCGCUCCCUCCGCAGCGUAAUCACGCAAGACGGCAUCACAAUCAACGGCGUGGCCCCCGCGGCAACAAUCACUUCGCUGUUACCGUCGCACCUCGCGGCUCCUAUCAUGGCCGCUGGACUGCCAGUCUCCUCGGCUCACUUCGUAGGGCUCGCGCUGGUAUACUCUGCCACUGCGAUGCAGGAGCGAAAGGUGGAGGUUUACGGUAAAGAGGAAGAGAAGGUCCUUUACGGGGAGGAAAGAUGGAAUGGAAGGGUUAUUUUGACGCUUGGAGAUAGCUAUACCGAGCUUGAAGAGGCCAAGCCCAUCAUGGAUGCAGCCGAUGACCGAGAGGUCAAACUUCAGCGGGCCUCCGGCGACCUUGUCGAGGAAUUCCUGGUCAAAUUGCCUUCUUUGCUCUGGAAGCCACAGUCCACUAAAAAAAGCGUCCGAGUCCCGAGGAGAUGGACGUUGGCUUCGAAAACAGAACGCCUCGUCAACUUGCUAGAACCUUUCCAAGAAUGGCCGCAGUUGCUUGAUCCACACCUGCAAUCACUUUUGCCUCCUCUUGUUGAUGCUCUGCUGGCGUACUUGCUAAUGCAUCGUGAUCAAUAUGCUAGCAAGUCGGAGAACCAGCAGGCAAAGUCCUUGUACCCUCUACCAAGGGCCAUAUGUAGACUUCUCUAUACCUUUUGUAAGGUUCGAGGUGUCAAGGUCAUCAGUAGAUUCCUCAACAAUGAGCCAAAGUACCUCGACCCUCUACUGCGGGCCUUCAUUGAGUGGGAUGCCGCUGAGCCGAAUGGCUCUAACGGAGAUAUCCCCCUUCGUUUAGUUUGGGAAGAGCGCUAUGUGCUGCUAAUUUGGCUCUCGCAUCUGUUACUGGCUCCUUUUGAUCUGUCUUCAAUGUCGUCCAACGAUAUACCAGUGCCAUACCGGGGAAAUGAACUCAUCGACCGUCUACCGCCACAAACGCCAGCAGUAACCAAAUCCCUCCUCUCAGUCGCGUUGGCCUAUGUUAAUGUGGCAGGAAAGGAGCGUGAAGCCGCGACUAUGCUCCUUGCACGGCUAGCUCUGCGUGGGGAUAUGCAAGCUCUAGGCAUCCUGAGGAGCCUUACUGACUGGGCGUUUACUGUAUUGCAUCCUUCUGCGGGGACUGGGCCGUUAGUUGUUUACGCGUAUCUUGGAAUCUUGUCUUUCCUGGCACGUUUGACCGGAUCUGGCCAAGCCGAGGACUUCGCGCCACUGAUUAUUCCUGUGUUCCAGCAGACGAUCCGACUUGUUCAGGGUGGUACCGCAGUUUCUCAAGUGAUCCUGUCGUCCGCUCUGGCUCGGAAGACUAUGAUCAAGAUUAUUCGGUCUAUCACCGUCAUGGCGCUUUCCCUUAGCGAGAGAAGUAGCAGUCCACUAUCAGAUGACCAGGUUUCCUACAUCUUAGAGGAGGCAAUUGACAACUUCUUGACCGCUCUUGCAGAUAAGGAUACUCCUGUACGAUUCGCUGCGAGCAAAGCGCUCAGCAUCGUGACCUUAAGGUUGGACCCAGGCAUGGCAACCGAGGUCAUUGAAGCCGUUACUGGCUCCUUGGAGGAGAACAUCCUACACGAGACAAUGGAGGGUAAGAUAAUAACGCCGUCUGAGGCAAGGAAGCUUGGAACUAGCAUGUUGAAGCGGAAUUUAAGCGCUGUCGAUGCUCAGAGGUGGCAAGGCCAUAUUCUCACAUUAGGCCAUUUGCUAUUUCGACAUGCUCCUCCAACUCACCAACUGCCUAAUGUACUGCAGCCGCUUGUAUCUGGGCUAGACUUUGAACAAAGGUCUUCUACUGGAAGCUCGGUCGGGACUGGCGUUCGCGAUGCCGCAUGCUUCGGUAUAUGGGCUAUAUCACGGAAAUAUACAACCCAAGAAGUCCUCGCGAUAAAUCGACAGGAAAUCUAUUCAUCCACUGCGCAAAAUGACGUGAACAUUCUUCAAAUGCUUGCCAUCGAGCUUGUCUGUGCUGCCUGUGUCGACCCGUCUGGCAAUAUCCGAAGAGGUGCGUCUGCUGCGCUGCAAGAGCUCAUCGGUCGCCACCCCAAUACCAUUGUGGAGGGUAUACCCAUCGUACAGGUGGUGGACUACCACGCAGUGGCCCGUCGUUCACGCGCCAUGAUUGAUGUUGCAAAGGCCACUGUUGCUCUAAGUUCCCAAUACUGGAGUCCCCUUGUCGAGGCAUUGAUGCAGUGGAGGGGUAUCGGGUCGGCCGACGCUGAAUCCAGAAGACACGCAGCAAAGGCUCUUGGAGUUCUCAGAACUCAGGAAGCCAGCAAGUCUGUACUCAUUGUCCUUCAAAAGCUAUGGAACAAACUUCACAGCAUCCCUCGCAGUGAUGUGGAGACGCGACACGGAUGCAUGCUCGCCAUAUCCUCUGUUAUCGACGCCUUCACUGGCUUCAAUUCUUCCGAAAUUGGUCAAGCCGAAGAUGAUGUGCUCGGUGUCGCCAAGCAGAUAUCUAAGUUCUGGGAAAUCUUUGAUUCCCCUGUUGGACCCAACAAAGACGACUUGACUCUUCAGACCUCCCGUCCAGAACUCACUGCAGAAGCGUCAUCGUGCCUCAUAUCGUCACUUUCUCAAUCAUCGGCGCGUGUUCAAGAGCUUUUAGAUUCUGAACCUUCUCUGACCUUGCUCGAGAAAACUUGCAAGACUCUUAUGCUCUGCCUUUCAAGGAGUGAUGAUGUCUCCAUAGAGGCCUCGUCCAAUGCCAUUUCUCAGUUGUGGUCCCUUCUACCAUCCUCGAAACAGGAUGAAACCAUGCAGGCCUGGUUCUCACAUAUUCGUUCAACUCGGAACCUGCCGACCGGUCGUGGUCAAAUCUCCGUUCUUGGUUCAAUCUUCGGCAAACUCAGUCCAGCUGACGCUGCUCGUGAUUCAGUCAUUGAAGAGCUCAUCCGUUGUGCCGAAAAAGAGGAAUUGAUUGAGAAACGUGUAGCGGCCGUCAAGAGCUUCACUACUGGAGUGCUGCCGCACAUAGAUGUGACCGAGAAUAUUUCCAAAAGCCUUAUUGGUUUCCUGAACGAUUACACGACGGAUAGGCGCGGUGACAUCGGGUCUUUGGUUAGAUUGGAAGGCAUCCAAGCGGCAAAGGUCGUUCUUCAGCGUAAGGUCAGCGUUACGAAUCCGUCACACGUUCAGGACAUUGCCGGUUGUCUCUGCCGUCUUGCCGCAGAGAAGUUGGACAAGGUUCGUCUCGAAGCUUGGCUAUGUCUACAGAUUUCCUGGGAAAGUGCUAGUGAAUUCCCGCCGCUAUCAAGACGCUAUGAGCACUUUAGCCAAGUCUGUACGACCGAGUACUUCGUUCAGCUGCUGAAACUACAGGCAAUUGACUGGCUACGACUCCCAUUAUUCCAGGGCCUCGCUACCUCCGCUGUUGCCGGUGCCGAGGGCCUGAUACGUGCCACCCGUUCAGCCUUGAUACAAAGUAUCAACCGACAAUCGAUCGAGCAACAUCCAGAAGUUGCGACUGCUAUUAUCCACGACCUACUCCAGGUCUUGAACGAGAAACUCUCAGACGAUCGUUACGCGAUUCCGAUCCUGGAGACAACAGCGUUCUUGUUAGACGGCUAUGUCGCGUCCGUUCCUAGUUUCCAGAGUCCAACUUUGAGAAGAAUGUUCGUCCUUAUUCAGAAAUCCCAUUUCAAGAGCUCGAAUUUAGCCAGGCUUGAGGCCGCUAUCAGGGCGUAUGCACCACUCUCGAGGCUCCACCAGGUGCGAGGUGACGUAUUGAAGAAGCUUACCGGAAUGCUUCUGCAUCCUUUCCCAAGGGUCCGGGCCAUGGUGGCCGAAUACUUGUUCAUGGAAACAGAGCUUGCCUUAGUCAAGCGGGAGGACUGGACGAGCCAGCCGUCGAAGCUGAAGGGCAAGGUGGAGGAGGUCCGCAACCUCGAAGAACGCAUCAAACCCGACGAGCUGAAAGAAGCGCUCUCCGAAAUCUUCUCCGAGUACGGCACGAUCCUCGAGAUCAUAGCAAAGAAGAACCUGAAAGCAAAGGGCCAAGCAUUCAUCGUCUUCGACAACGUCGAGUCCGCGACCCGCGCCAUCGACGAAAUCAAUGGCUUCGAUCUCUUCGAUAAACCCAUGGUGCUCGACUACGCGAAGACGCGCAGCGAUGCGACGGUGCUCCGUGAGGGCGGCGACGACGAGCUAGAGGCUCAUAAGCGACGGAGGCUGGCGGAGAAGGAGCGACGACAAGCGCACGAAGCGCUCGAAGCGCAGAAGAAGCUGAAGCGCCCGCCCGUCGGCGCCCCCGAACCCGGCCGCCCCGUCAAGGCCGCAAAGGGCGCGGGUCUCAAGCCCACAUCUGGUGCUGCGACGGCCGUUAUCCCCGACGAGUACCUGCCGCCGAACAAGAUCUUGUUCCUGCGGGAGCUCCCCGAUACAGCGGACCAGGAGAGUCUCACGGCUGUGUUUGGGCGGUUCGAGGGGUUCCGCGAGGUGCGACUUGUGCCUGGGAGAAAGGGAAUUGCGUUCGUGGAGUACGAGAGCGAGUCUGGGGCUAUCAGUGCGAAAGAGGCUACGUCGGGGAUGUCCAUGGGGCCGGAGGGGAAGCCGAUUCGGGUUACGUACCAGAGGCAAUGA